AUGUCGGCACCAUUUCCCUCUCCCACCAAAAAGUGGCACGACAAUACAUACCCGUCGCUAUCGCCCACGCGACCGGAGCUCUCGGCCAAGGGCAAGAAUGUUCUCAUUACAGGAGGCGGGACCGGUAUCGGCGCCGAGACAGCCCGCUCGUUUGCUCAGGCUGGUGCUGCCCGCAUUGGCCUGAUCGGCCGCCGAGAGCAGCCGCUACUCGACACCAAGGCGAGCAUUGAGAGCAGCUUUCCGGGCAUCGAGGUGGUAGCAGCGCCGGCGGAUGUGACCAACAAGGACCAGGUCGAGGCGGCCUUUGCCCGGUUUUCCGGCACUGACGGACAGCACAAGAUCGACGUGCUUGUCAGCGGUGCCGCCAUUCUUGGUCCACCAGAGGCCGUGGAUACGGUAGACGGUGAAAAGCUCGUGCAGGUGGUGGAUUUUACGGCGCGCAACACAAUCAACGUGACGCAGGCAUUCCUCAAGCACGCUGCCAAGCAGGAUGCUGUCGUGGUGAACAUCUCGUCGUCGGUUGCCCACUUGGACUUUGGCGGCUUCUAUGCGGCGUAUGCUGUGGCCAAGUUUGCCGCAUACAGGCUCUGGGACUUGCUCGCAUCAACGCACCCCGAACUCAGUAUCUAUCACAUUCAGCCGGGCGUGGUCGACACGGACAUUAACAGGGAGGUAGGCGGAAUGGAAACAGUUGGUUUCAAGGACCACGUGUCGCUGCCAGCAACGUUUAGCGUGUGGUUGGCCAGUCCUGAGGCGCGUUUCCUCAAGCGGAAGUUCUUGUGGGCCAACUGGGAUGUGGAUGAACUCAAGGCCAGGGCCAAAGAGCUGGAGUCGGCCACGACAUUCAACUUGGGCCUGGUCGGUUGGCCGUUUGGCGAAAGCGGCUUCAUGCCUGCUUGGGAUCCUGAGAGCUGA